UUUAUUUACAUCAGCCGAAAUGUCAGUGGAAGCAUGUGUUUGUUGCACGGUACGAUUGUUGCAUGCUGUCGGAAGGCAAUACAUUGUUUUUAUCCCCUUAUCAAUUCAUUGGGCUCAUCUUAUCUAUGGCGUUGUCAGUUUACAGUGGAAAAAAUCAGAAGUUGAUUUAGCACAAUAGUCGGAAAAAUAUUUGCACAGUUCCGCAUUUGAAGCCCAUCUGUUGCGCAGUUUUGAUAUAAUAUACGAGAUCCGGGUUUUGCGCGCUACAGUUUUGUAUUUUUUUUCUGCGUUCGCUUAACACGGAAAUAUUGCUGCUGCAAUUUAUUCACAUAAAUACGAAUUAGAUUCGGUAAAUUAAACAGGCAAAAUGAUGGAAACAACGGGUUUGAGUGAAUCGACAACGGCUGCGGGCAUUGCAACGACAAAAGUUUCUGAAAAGCGCGAACAACACUUUAAGGCGGGUGUUAUCGAUCUCACAGCUGGUUCACUGGGUGGGAUCGCGUUGGUGUAUGUGAGUCAGCCGUUAGACACAGUGAAAGUAAAAAUGCAAUCAUUCCCAACCAUCUAUAAAGGAAUGGGAGACUGUUUAAUGCAAACAUUUAAAAAGGAUGGUGUAAUUCGUGGUUUAUAUGCCGGGACUUUGCCUUCAAUCGCAGCAAACGUUGCCGAAAACUCUAUCCUAUUUGCUGGUUAUGGCGCGUGUCAAAAAUUCAUUGCAAACAUUGAAGGUCACAAAAGCGUUGAUGAACUCUCGUCGCUCAGUAACGCAAUGGCCGGUGUGAUAGCCUCUUUUUUCUCAUCGUUCACGUUGUGCCCGACGGAAUUAGUGAAAUGUAAACUGCAGUCGAUGCGUGAAGUGGCGAACAUAAACAACCAAACGCAAACAAAACACAUCACCCCAUUCCAGCUGACGCGGCAAAUUUUCAAGCAAGAAGGCAUUUUAGGUUUUUAUAGAGGACUGGGACCAACGUUAGCUCGUGAAAUGCCCGGAUAUUUCUUCUUCUUUGGCGGUUACGAGGGCACAAGGGAAUUCCUACGAAAGCCGGAUCAGAAGAAGGAUGACAUUGGAUUGUUGCGGACAAUGGCUGCUGGUUCGGUCGGUGGCAUUUGCUUAUGGACCGCUAUUUUUCCCGCUGAUGUGAUUAAAAGUCGAGUUCAAAUUAGUAAUAUCAAAACGAAUAUGUUUGUAAUGGGACUGAAUAUUGCGCGAACCGAGGGAAUUAGUGCCUUAUACAAUGGCUUGAAGCCAACGAUUAUCCGAACGAUACCUGCGACUGCCGUUCUUUUUGUUGUUUACGAAUAUUCCAAGAAAUUUAUGACACAAAUAUUUUAAGACACAACCUUUUUUUUGGUCGAAAAAAUAAACAAUUCUUUCUUAGGUUUCACACGAA